AUUUCAUUCAGGCCUCUCACGGGACCUUUUAUUAAUGUUAUAUAAUGCGGAUGAUCGUAAUGUUAUCAUUCGUGUAGGAAAAAAUCAUAAUGUAAAAGAAUUUCGGGCACAUUCAAAUAUUUUGAGAUUUCGUUCAGCUUAUUUCAAAAGUGCGUUAUCGUCUAAAUGGAUUGGUAAAAAGAAUGAGAAUGGUACAAUUAAGUUCGAAAAGCCAAAUAUUAAUCCCAAUAUUUUCGAAAUAAUUCUCAAAUAUAUUUAUACGGGAGAAGUAGAUUUAACUGUGAAUUCUGGGGAAGUUAAUCUUGAAUUGUUAAUUUCAUCUGACGAAUUGCUCCUUGAAGAAUUAUUUAAUUAUGUACAAGAUUAUUUAAUUGAAAAACAAAUAACUUGGGUUCAACAAAAUUUUGUUCUUAUUUUAAAAUCUGUGUAUAAACUUAUUAAUUGUAAAAAAUUACUUGGUUAUUGUCUUGGAUUAAUCUGUGUACAUCCACUACCAUUUUUCUUUUCUAAUAAUUUCGUAUCAUUAGAUACUGAAAUUCUCCAUGAACUUCUUAAACGGGAUGACUUACAGGUUGAAGAAAUUACCGUCUGGGAUUCUUUGAUUAAAUGGGGUAUCAAGAAAGCAGGAUUGAAGGAUAAACCUCAGAAUGAGUGGACUGACAAAAAUCGUGAGGAUUUAAAGAAUACAAUGAAUGGAAUCGUUCCUCUAAUUCGAUUUACAUACAUUAAUUCUAAAGAUUUUUUUGAUAAAAUCCGUCCAUAUAAAGAUAUUAUACCUGAUAAUAUUUAUGAAGAUAUGAUGGAAUUUUAUUUAAAAAAUACCUUGCCAAAAUCAAUGAUUUUAACACCACGAAUUGGAACGAACCAUAUUGAAUCAACAAUUGUAAAACCAAAACUUGCUUCAGCGAUUAUUAAAUAUAUCGAAGAGAAAUCUAAAUCUCGUAAUUACAAUAAUUACAAUUACAUGUAUCAACGUAGUGAGAAUAAUCAGAAUAACCACAAAUAUAAAUUUGAUCUUUUAUAUCGUAGUAGUCGCGAUUAUAUUAGUUCAGAUAAUUUUAAAAAUAAUUGUUAUCGUCAACUUCCAUGUUUAGUUUUAGUCAGUGUUCAUUCUUCACCAAAAAUAUUCGGAGGUUACAGUCCUAUCGGAGUUUAUUUUUGUAAUGGUAGUCAAUGGCAUUACACAUGCGAUAGUUUUAUCUUCUCCUUUGAGAAUGAUGGAGAUAUUGAAAAUAUGAAGAUAAGUAGAGUAACAUGUCCUAAUUAUGCUCUAUAUGAAUUUUAUGAUUGCGCGUUCAAUUUUGGUGGUGGAUCCAUGACUAUGGAUAAUGACAAAAAUUUACAUCUUAACGAUCAAGGGUAUUAUCAAAAUUUUCAAGUGAAUGCAUCUUAUGCUGUUAAAGAAGUGGAAGCUUUUAGGGUUGUUAAACAAUAAUCUUUUUAAGAUAUCUGUUAUACUUAUAUAUACAUAUUUUUUUUUUAAAAAAUAAAAAAGCG